AUGGACAUGCCGCUGAAGCAGAUCUGGGUUAGGAAGCGGACAUCUCUUGAAACUACCUCGGGACCAGUACAUGCAAGCAGCUGGGAUGUUUCUCCAGCAAAACCAGGCAGCCGCUCAUUAAAUGCUUCUUGUUCAUGGAAGCUGUCCCUGCCCCACUGCCGCCAGCUGUGUGCUAAACCUGCCAUAGCUUCAUCUCCUGCUCCAGCUCCCGGGACAGGGGGUGGUGAACUUGGGCCUGUGGGCCAAAUCAAGUCACAGUCCGUUUUUGUCAAGUUUUAUUGGAACCUGCUCUUUAGACAUAAAUUAAAUACUGUCUCCACCUGCCCUGCUGAGGGAAGAGUUAAGUAG